AUGCUCCACGAGAUCCUCCUCUCCCUGUCCGGCCAGCCAUCGCCCCUCUUCACCAAAGGCCACGGGAGCGACGCGCUGGCUGAAGACGAUCUUCCCCUUCUUGCGCCUCCGGAGAAAGCCCUCCUUCGAUCGAUCGCCCAUCUGAGCCAAUUGCACGCGCAAUUACGAGAGCAUUGCUCUGAAAUUUCCUCCUCCCAUCGCUCGGUGAUCUGCCGCUCGGUGGUUACUGCUAUUAGCACCAAUCAAUUGGGCAGAUUUCAGAAGAAGGUCCUUGAGGUGGAGAAAGCAAUCCUGGCCGAGGACAGCGAGUAUGUUGGUGGAUACGGCAUUGUCCCGCUGUCUACGAUAGUGGCAGAGUUUGUGCCCUGGACUCGCCGUAUGGAGUGGCUUUGGGAAAUCGUGACAUUCAUGCAGCCGCGAGGUGAACCCGGAGAAUUAUUACAAGGCUGCACGGGCGCGGCACUUAUCGAUCACCUGCGCGCCGAGUGUCGAACUGGGUACCUCGAUAUCCAAGAGAUAGCUGUGCAGCUUACGGCAGCAGCAGAGAUGGCGUGGAUGAGGCAAUUGUCGACGUGGCUAUUAUGUGGCAAUAUACCAGCGUUUAGCAGAGGGGAUUUUUUCAUCGGUGAGGACAUUGAUUCCGAAGAUGGCGAGAUUGCAUUCAGUCUCCACAUGGAGUUGGUUCCCAAGUUUGUCUCUGCACAGACAGCUGGGUCUAUCCUUUUUAUAGGGAAAUCGCUCAAUCGUGUCCGCACGAAGAAACAGCCGUUGAAGGACGUCUCUACUGCACCGGUGACCCUCUACCGGGAACACAUCGAUAAACUCGCCGGACUCAAGUCACCCAUCUCAUCAACCCAGCUUUCCACCGCCGUGGACUCCAUCCGCCUUUCCCUGUCACAAUCAACACUGUCCAAAUUGCUCCCCCUACCCAAGAUUCUGGAAAUGCUUACUUUAUUGCAAGAUUUCCUUUUACUAGGGAGGGGAGAGUUUGCUGUUGCGCUAGUUUCUCAAGCGGACUCACGGAUUGAGGAGAACCGGCGGCGCAGCGCACUUGCUCGGGCCCAGUCUGGAGGUCCCAUGGGGCUUCCGAUCAAAGAAAGUGAUGUCAGCAGUGUGCUUUCUCAGGCGUGGGCAGAGUUGUUCUCCCUUCAAAAGGUCGAGGAUCCGGCCGAUGAGGAGCUUGAGCUUGCGCGAGAGCUUCUUCGCCUUUCUGUCAAUGACCGCACUGUCCGCCCUAUGACCCCGUCACGGAGCUCAGCCGUGAUUCACGAAAUUUCCGGUGUUUCCUUUGAGGAUGUCCUCUUCCCCAUACCUACCACGCUGACUGCUCAGGUGCAAGCGCCCCUUGACCUAUUUCUUUCGAGCUCCGACAUUGCUGUCUAUUCCAAGAUCCACGCCUAUCUUUUGGGCAUCCGUCGCGCGCAGUUCCGGCUGAGCAACCUGUGGAAAGAAACGUCGCUCCGGAGAAAUCAUCCUUCUCCAUGGGGCCCGCCCCGCAGCAACAGCGCUUUUGGUCAAAACAAACUCCGAGAGAGACGAGCGAGAGACAAUGCGCGGACGCGAUUGAUGCGUUCCAUGUGGGCCACCGCCAGUGCGGGUCUUUUUGUACUGUCGGAGCUGGGAGGUUUCUUUCAAGGAGAAGUAAUCCAGGAAUCAUGGCAGCAUUUGCGGAAAUGGAUCGAGGGAUCGGAUGUUUCGAAAAGCCCUGCCUCUGCUUCUCGACCCGGCACUGCAUCUACAUCCAACGAUCAGCAUCAGUCCCGUGCAAGCUCUCCCGCUCGCAUGACUGAUCGAUCAGCGUCUGCAGCCGGGGCGCCAUCGAUGGGUCGUCAUGAUCCCGAAGCGCUGACUGUGGCUCACCGACGCCACCUCUCCACUCUGGUCCGAUCCUUGUUCUUAAAUGACCGAGCGUUCACGGGGGUGCUGCGCAGCCUGAUCGCCAGUAUAGACCGCUUUGUCGCGCUUGUUAUCAGAUUGGAAACUGUUCAGCGAAACAUGGACCUUGAGACGGACGAGGGAGUUGUGGAAUCUCUCGUGGAUUACGUGCAAGAGGAGCGUGAAGUCUGGGAAGAUCUGCGCAGAGUCUGCAAUGAUGUGAAUGUUGGCAUGGAAGAUCUCGUUGCCAGCCUUCGAAACAUAGACGAUCAUCGCUCGGGUGAGAACAUCGGCCUCGCUUGGGUGGGAUCUCGAACGGACGAGAGCUCCACCCCUGGGUUUCGCCACUACGUCCCUCGCCAACCAGCAGGUGUUGACCGCUUGUUGAUGAAGCUGGAUUUUGGCAGCCUUCGGGGCUCCACGAAUCUGGCUGCCGUCGAUCUCCUUGAAUUCGAAUGA